AUGGACACUCCGGACGGCCUAACGUCGAUCGCCGCCAACGGCCGGUGCCCGGCGAACACUGCAGACCCGGCCGCGUCGACGCACUGGGCUCGCAAAGCUCUAGAAGAUUCGGACGGCCGUUGUCCGUCGUUCAUUCCGUUGACGCCGGACGUGUUCCCGGCCGCGGACCCGCGGGAUUCGACGAAGACGGACUCGCCCGCGCGCGCGAUCGUCGUGUCGCUGUCCGCGGACUCUGGUGACAAUCGCGCGGACGCGCCGGCCGAACGGCCGCCGAACCGGUUCAUAGUGACCGUCGGAAGGUGUUUCCGGUGUUUGCUAUUCGGUUGCUGCAGCAAUCGGCGACGGCACUGA